AUGGCGAACCCACUCGGUAAUGCCUUGCGCUCCUUUUGGCACUCUAUGACGAGCUACGACAGACACUCUUCGUUCGAUUCACCCCAGCGAACCGGCCGGCACGUUCCCCUGCACAAUGACCGCAACGGCAUCCUCACGGGCGUUGCUACAGCCUCCGAGUCUCGCGCCGACGUCAGCUCCCCCUACUCGGACGAAGCUGGCCGCGGCUCGCCCAUUCGAAACGGCAAUCAAAGCCCCAUAGCCAGAGGCUACUCUCCCGGAAUGCGCUCGCAGUCUGCUCAUCAUGGCGACGGUUUCGAGGUGCAGAGCCCCGGUGACGUCCCUUUGCAGCCUUUUCAGGACGGUCUUCCUCCCCCCCCCCCCGUUCGAUACUCGUGGCAGCGCAUCGACUCGUGGGCCGAGGAAAACUACCCGGAGCUGCGGGAUCAACUGUGCGAAGGGGCCACGAACAACGACCUCAACGACCUGGAACAUCAGCUCGACUGCUCCCUGCCUCAGGACGUCCGCGACUCUCUCAUGGUUCACGAUGGUCAGGAAAGGGGCGGGAAUCCCACCGGCAUCCUCUUCGGCUCCAUGCUGAUGGACUGCGAGGAGAUUGUGCAAGAGUGGGAGACUUGGAGACGAGUGAAUGAGCAGUAUCUCUUGGAAACAACAAUGACCAAGCCGACGACUCCAUCCAAAACGUUUGGCGGCAGCGGCGAGGCUUCGUCCUCGAAGCAACCCCCCCCACGCCCCAGCAGCUCGUCGUCCUCGGCCGGCGACGGCGAGUGGCGGCAAAGCCUCCUUGCGCGUCAGGGAUCCGUGCCGCCAAACGCCGUGCAGAAGGCGUACGCUCACGCCGGCUGGAUCCCGCUGGUUCGAGAUUGGGGCGGCAACAACCUGGCCGUCGACCUGGCACCCGGUCCCAACGGGCGAUGGGGUCAAAUCAUCCUGUUUGGCCGAGACUACGACACGAAAUACGUCGUGGCGCGCUCCUGGGGCGCGCUCCUCUCCCUCGUCGCCGACGACCUCAACAGCGGCAAGUGGUUUGUGGACGAGGAUAGCGGCGAGCUCAAGCUGCGGGAAUUCAAAGACGCCCGCGUCGAGCCGGCGUAUUUCAACAUCCUGCGAUGGAGAAUGGAUCAAAAGUACGGACGCCGCGGGCCCGCCAGCAAGCGGCAGUCGACGGCGGCAAAGAAGGCCACCUCGCCUCGCGGCUCCCGCUCCGCCUCGCCUUACGGCAGUCCCGUGGAGCCCAACGGCGGCGACGCAAGGGGCCGCUCGCUGCAACGAAUAAACGGAUCGUCACCACUGGUCAGCCCGAUGGGGGCUGGGGGGUAUGGCAAGGCUCCUCUGAGUAGGGUCACGGAGGAAACGACGAUUCCGGAGAUUCCAAGUGCGCAGAUUGAGCCAAGCCAGCUGGUCGAGGUUGAGACGCCGCGGCAGAGCGAGGAAGCCAAGAACAGUCUUGCAAGCACCGCCACCCUCGCUCCCUCGGAAUCCGAUUUGUUCAAGGACAAGGAGAAUGAAAACCCGGACAAACCCUUUUUGAACGUUAAAGUGCCGGCCAUCAAGGACGACACGAUGAAGACGAUUGAGAUUUAA